UAACCAUACUCACUUCCUUUUGGUUCACAUGGCGACAGGUACACAGUAGAGAAGAACGGAAGGAAUCUCAAACAAUUAAAGGGAAUAACAACGAUAAAUGGACGACUAAAGACAUCAAACAAACAUUAUAAUAGUCUGUUUACGAAGUUAAAACUGUUAAACGAUCUGUUUUAUUGCCAUAAUCCAACAUAAAUAUGAGUUUUAAGGAGAUUAAAUAUGAGCCUCGUCAAGAUUGGCAACAAACCUCGACUGGUGUCGGACAUCAUCACAGACCUGGUUAUUAUUUCCCUGAUUCAGAAUUCCAGACAUUAAUAAGAGAACCACUUCCUCCUCCACUUGCCAAACAGGAUGAAGUUACUCGAGAUCAACAUUUUGAGACCACCACUGGAAAAGCUCAUAAUAACAAAUAUCCAUAUGGACCAUUUCAUAAUACUGUCCAUACUAAAGCUCCAGGUCAUUGGAAAGUCAACUAUAUUAAAGAUUUAGCAGAAAAGUUGGAUAAAGGAGGUUGGAGGAAACCUCUGUCUGCUGGCAAUCAGAUGUCCGAGACUAAAGAGGAAUAUAGAAAUAAAGCAGGAGUAAGACAAAAAUACCAUUUUGAUGAUGCAGCUGGUCUAAACAUCCCACAGACAUACAAUCAGUGGGAUCACCAUGUGGAAGGACCUUCGAAGUAUGGUCAAGGAUCAACCCAGAAUCCAAAAAUCCAGGCCAAACCAUUCUAUGUGAGGGACCAGGGUGUGCUAACACUAAUGGACCCUUACCUCACAACAACACAAAAAGACCACAGAUCAUUUAAACCAGAUGAAUUGAAAAAAUAUCCCAAGAAAGAUGUAGCAACUUACUGGGACUGUGAGGAGUAUCCAAAAGCAUGGGGACAUGGAAAUAAAAACAAUCCAGUACCAAAGGAUAAUGUACGUAGAGAACAGUUACCUAUGAUUGAUCCCACAUGGUUCAAAUCAAGGACAAAAAUACCUCGCCAGCCUAAAUCUUUACUGCCUGUGCCACAUGGAGGUCUUAAAUCACUGUACACAGAAUCUUUUAUCCAACCAACAGAUGUUAAAGCUAAAGAAAACUUCUAUUGUCCUGUUGAUACUCCAUGGGUCCUACCACCACCAGGAACUAAAUCUGUGAUGACAGCACCCAAAAUGUACAACACAGAAUACCAAAAUGUUGGCAGUGGAAAUCCCAUUACUGUGUAAAGAAGCCAAUUGACAAUAAACAGUUAUACUAAAGAUUUGAUUUGUUUGAAAAAGUCAAAUCAUGAUUAAUUUCAAUCAUGGAUUAAAAUGACCUGAUUAAAUCAUUAAGUGCAAUCAAUGUGUAUAUCAGGCUAUAUUUGAAAAAAAAGAAAAUGUUUGCCAUAGCCUAAGUGGCCAUUGAACUAAUCAACUAUUAUACAAAUUAAUCAUAAAAUAACGAAAACAGAUUGAAAGAAAGUAAAUCAAGAAUCUUUUUUAUCAGUAUUUAUAUUUUUAGUUUUCAGUUUUUGUUAGGCUAUGGCAACCAAAUUAUAGUUUAUUUUGGCAUGUAUAAUCAUGUAUAUGAAUCAGAAAACAAUCUACGGUUUAAUCGUGUUAACAACUCUAAAUUUAGUUUACUAUUAAGCAAGACUAUCUUGAACACUUUCUAGUUUGUUUAUUUUUUUCAAGCAAGCAUCCUGUGAUAUAUUUGCUUUUUAAGAAUUUUAUAUAUAUAUAUUGUUGUCUUUUAAUUUCAUUGUUUUAUAAACAUCUUACAGAAACUUGUAUUUUUUACAUCAUAUUUUGAACAGUUUUAAUUCUAUCAAUAUCACAUUUUAGAGCAACAUAUUGCCUUAUUUCAGCUGAUGUGUUGUGAAGUUUUUAGAUAAUUCUAUAGAAAGACAGUUUAUUUAUCUGUCUUUGUCAUUUCAUGUUUUACUUCUUGUAUCAUUGUAUAAACUGUUUUUAACUCGAAACAAAUUAAAAUAUUUGUGAAGAAAUAAAGAAAAAUAAAAUAUUA